CGUCUCGGAAAUUCGAGUCCAAUGAUAUCUUUUGGGCACUCAAGGGCUCGGGGAGCAAACAUAUCGACCCACACGCACAGACCUCUCCAAGUCACGGCCACCCCCUCCGCCGGCCGCCCCCCUUCCAACAGCUUCAAAUCAGCAUUGUUAGUCGUGAUCCUAAAGGUGUGAUUUACUCAUCCUUCAUCGAUUCUAAGUGAAGCCCUAAUCGAUUAUUGAAUUCCUAAUCAGAAGCUGUUGGAGUGUUUGUAAAUCAGAAGCCCUAAUUGACCGAUUUGUGAUGACACAAUUUUUCUAGGGUUUUGGUUCUACUUCAGUAGUAAUUUAAUUGUUCAGAUUAUUGUUAUAUUCCGUCUGAAAUCGACUCCAUAGAUCCUAAUAUUGAAAUCAAAAAGUUGGGUGCCAUCUGGUCAGUCAGUCAGUAGUAUGACCAGAGACAUCCUAUGGAGCUCGAUCUAGACGCCUUUCUGCAAUCUCACGACACCUCCACGAGUGAUGAUGAAGAUGAUCACCACCACCGCAGCACUGUCGAUGAACUUCUCCUCAUCGACUCUGAUGAUGAUGAUGGCUCUUCUUCCUCAGACAACACUGAUGCCAAUUCUUCUGAUUACAUGCAAUUAACAACUUCUCAGUUGGGAACUGAUGGAGAUAGACCGUCAAAGUUUCGCUCCACUAGUCAAAGUGAAACUUUCAGCCAGUUACCUCGGUUAUUCAGGUCAAAUGCUAAACCUGGGGCAGCCUUGGCAGCCGCUGCUGCAGCUUCACGCUUGAUUCCAACUCCACAUGCUGCUGCUAUUAAACUCACCAGGGAGAAAUCUGGUACAGAAACCUUGGAUCCUAAACCCGAAAUUGGUCAUUUAGAUGUAAAAUUAGUUGAUGAUGAUCUUAAACCGGUAGAAUUGACUGGAAAUUCUCAACUUUGCGGGGAACUGAUAACUGAACAUAAAAAUAACAGUGCGUGGAGUCUCAAAGGUGAAGUUUUUUCUAAUGAGGAGUUGGCAACAGAUGUAGCUGAUGCCUCCGAGGUGGAUGGAUUUGAUCUUGAUUUCAGAGAUGAUACACUUAGUUCUGCUGCGAAACCAGAGAUAGGCUCAGAUAAGGAUGGUGCAAGGUCAGUUUUAGAUGACACUAGUAACGACUACAUUGAGGGUAACUCAGCACCUACUAUUACUGUAGACUAUAUUGAGGGACAGGACAUGGAUGCUAAAGAGGACUCUGUAAGUGUAUCAUCAGGAAAAAUUGAUGCUGAAAAUUUGCAACUCUAUGAAAAAGGUGUUGAGCACGGCUUCCAAGCAGAAGUUGAUGACAGGCCAGCACAAACUGUCGAUAUGGGUGGUAUUGUUAUUCAUCAAGGAAGUGAUAAGAGUGACGGAGGGACACAAGAAACCUUAUCGAAGCCCCUUGAAUUUGCUGAGGAGCUUGAAAAGAAGCAUGCAUUUACGGGUCUGCACUGGGAAGAGGGUGCCGCUGCUCAACCAAUGAAGCUUGAAGGUGUUCACACGGGAUCAACUGCGUUGGCUUAUUUCAGUACUAGUACUGAUAACACCAUUACCAGGACAAUAUCCUCUCCAUCAUUUAGGCGAGACCACGGAACUCCACAAGCCCUAGCAGUUCAUCUUAACUACAUUGCAGUGGGAAUGUCAAGAGGGUUAAUCGUUGUUGUUCCCAGCAAAUACUCUCCACAUUAUGCUGAUAACAUGGAUGCUAAGAUGUUAAUGCUUGGAUUACAAGGUGAUAGGUCUUAUGCCCCAGUCACAUCCAUGUCCUUUAAUCAUCAAGGAGACCUCCUUUUUGCUGGAUAUGCUGAUGGGCAUUAUACUGUUUGGGAUGUUCAAAGGGUCACUGCUGCAAAAGUUGUUGCUGAACACAAAGCUCCAGUAGUUCACAUGCUAUAUCUGGGGAUGGAUUCUCAAGUGGCUCGUCAGUUCAACAUGGUUAGCGGUGAUAGUAAAGGUGUUGUUAAGUCGAUUCGCUUUUCUCCAUCUUCAUGGCUCAGUAGGUUCUCUACAUCUAAAACCUCGACUCUUCUUGAUGAGUCAACAAGCACAGUUGUAUGCGCGUCGCCCUUAGUACCGGAGGAAAAAUUUGGAGGUUCUUCCGCAAGCACUAGCAUUGAAAGUAUGAUGGGAGGAGAUUUACUUUCCGCUGAAGAAGGGGUGGUCAUAUUUGUCACUCAUCAGUCUGCUCUAGUGGCCAAAGUAAUAACUACCCCACCAGAAGUCUACGGUCAGCUUCCCAAGCCUGAUGGGGUUCGAGAGGGUUCGAUGCCUUACGCUGCUUGGAAAUACAUAGUUCCCUCACAUGGUUCUGCUGCUGAGAAUGUCCAGGUAAUGGAGCCCGCAACUGUGCCACUGCUCGCAAUUGCUUGGGAUAACCAAGUACAGGUUGCAAAAUUGGUGAAGUCAGAACUGAAAUUAUAUGCAAAAUGGACCCUUGACAGUUCAGCAAUAGGAAUUGCUUGGCUGGAUGAUCAGAUGUUGGUGGUGCUAACAUCAGCUGGACAGCUCUGUCUGUACGCAAAUGACGGGACUUUAAUUCACGACACAAGUUUUGCUGUGGAUGGAGGCAGAGGAGAUGAUGUCAUUGGACAUCACACCCAUUUCUCCAAUGUCCUUGGUAAAGCUCAUCACAACUGUAUAGCUGUUAGGGGUGCUUCUUUGUAUCUACUUGGACCUACACAUCUUGUUGUUUCCCGCCUUCUUCCAUGGAAGGAACGCAUUGAAGUUUUGCGCAGAGGCGGUGACUGGAUGGGUGCUUUCAACAUGGCAAUGGUGCUUUAUGAUGGUCAAGCCCAUGGUGUGUUUGAUCUUCCUAGAGCAUUGGAUGAUGUUCGAAAAGUAAUAAUGGGCUACCUAGUGGAGUUGCUAUUAGCAUACGUGGAUGAGGUCUUUUCUUAUAUAUCAGUGGCAUCAGGCAACCAACUGGAGCACUUGAAUGAUAGUUACUCUGUGACUUCAGAGCAGUACACAAGUGUUGGUGGUGUUGCAGUUGAGUUCUGCGUUCACAUCAAGAGAACCGACAUCCUGUUUGAUGAAAUUUUAUCCCGUUUUGAGUCUGUUAAACAAAAAGAGACAUUUUUGGAGCUUUUGGAGCCAUAUAUUUUGAAGGACAUGCUUGGAUCACUUCCACCUGAGAUUAUGCAAGCACUGGUGGAGCACUAUAGCGCAAAAGGUUGGCUGCAGCGGGUUGAACAAUGUGUUCUUCACAUGGACAUUUCUUCCCUGGACUUUAAUCAGGUCGUCAGGUUAUGUCGAGAACACAAUUUGUACAGGGCCCUUAUAUAUUUGUUCAAUAAGGGUCUGGAUGAUUUCAGAACACCUUUAGAGGAGCUGCUUCUAGUAUUCAAAAACAGCGAUAGUGAGAAUGCUCCAUCACUCGGGUACAGGAUGCUAGUUUACUUGAAGUACUGCUUUUCAGGCUUUGCUUUUCCUCCAGGACAUGGAACUCUUCCUCCUGCACGUUUACCAUCUCUUAGAAGGGAGCUUAUACACUUCUUACUGGAGGAUUCUGAUGCUCCAAGUUUGACUAGCUUAUCAGCCAUAAAAUCAUAUAAGAAUCUCUAUCAUCUCUUAGAGUUGGACACUGAAGCAACAUUAGAUGUUUUGAGAUGUGCAUUUAUAAAUGAGUCCGUAGUUGAAAAGGAUUCUACCUCUCAAAAUCAAGAUCUGACCCAAAAGACCGUAGACGUUCUUGUUCUCGUAUUAGAAACUAACAAAUCUAUUCAACCUGACACAAAUUGGCCUUCAAAGGAUGAUAUAGGUCAUAUGCUAGAGUUUAUUUCUCAUUUUGUUUCCUGUGGAGAGGCCAAAGUCUCGAAUGAAUAUCUAGGUCAAAUAUUUGAGUAUUUGAUCUUAGAUGCUAGCAUUCCAGCAAAUGCUAAAAUAAGAGAAAAGGAGGUCCUUGCGCUUUUGAAAGUUGUUCCUCAAACAGAUUGGGAUGACAGACACCUGUUAGACAUGUGUGAGAAGGCUCACUUUUACCAGGUUUGUGGCUUCAUUUAUAACAGCAGACACCAAUAUAUAGCUGCUCUUGAUAGCUUCAUGAAAGAUGUGGAUGAACCAAUUCACGCUUUCUCCUAUAUCCAUAAUUUGCUGAGCGACAAGAGGCUAGAUUAUUUGGAAGCAGCAGUCAUUUCACGAAUUCCAGAUUUAGUUCAAAUAAGCAGAGAGGGCACAUUUUUUCUAGUUGUUGAACAUUUUUUCCAAGAAUUUCAACAUAUCUUGUCGGAGCUGAGGACUCACCCGAAAAGUCUCUUUCUCUACCUUAAGACAGUUAUUGAAGUUUAUUCAAAGGGAACCUUGAGCUUCAGUUCUCUAAGGGAAGGAGAACCUCGUGGUACAAGGGUAAAGAAUGAGACUGAUGAUUUUUUAGAAAGAUUAUCUGAGUUUCCAAAGUCUUUGCGCGAGAAUCCAAUUCAUGUAACUGAUGAAAUGACUGAGCUGUAUCUUGAGUUACUAUGUCAGUAUGAACCAAAUUCUGUCCUCCAUUUUCUUGAGACAUGUGAAAGCUACAGGGUAGACCAUUGUUUACGCUUGUGCCAAGAAUAUAAAAUCAUAGAUGGUGCAGCUUUUUUAUUAGAAAGGGUUGGAGAUGUUGGAAGCGCUCUUUCUUUCACACUUUCUGAUCUUGUGGGUAAAUUUUGUAUGCUUGAUGCUGCUGCUGCUCAAAGUGUAGAUGAUUAUGCCGGGGUGGAUCAUUUCAGUGAGGUCAUGAACAAGGAGGUGAAUGACAUCUUACAUAUUGUGCGUACUUGUGUUGGAUUGUGUCAAAGGAACAGCUCUCGAUUAGAUCCCAAUGAGUCUGAGGCCCUCUGGUUUCAGCUGCUUGACAAAUUUUGUGAACCCUUGACAGAUCCAUGCGCCAGUAAGAUGGAUUCUGAGCAAAACUCAUCUGGAUCACUCAAAACUACGUGGAAGAUAAGAGGGUCAGAUAAAGGUGCACUCAUGUUGAGAAAGUUAUUUUCUAUUUUCAUUAAAGAGAUUGUUGAGGGAAUGAUAGGUUAUGUUCGGUUACCUACUGUCAUGAUGAAACUUCUUUCUGACAAUGGUAGCCAAGAGUUCGGUGAUUUUAAGCCUACAAUACUGGGAAUGCUUGGAACAUAUGAUUUUGAAAGAAGAAUAUUGGACACUGCGAGAUCUUUGAUUGAGGAUGAUACAUAUUAUACCAUGACAUUACUCAAGAGAGGAGCUUCUCAUGGGCAUGGCCCUCAGAGCCUUGUUUGUUUUAUAUGUAAUUGUCUUGUUACUAAGGACUCUCCCUCGACCACUGGGAUCCGAGUUUAUAGUUGUGGGCAUGCAAGCCAUUUGCAUUGCGAUCCGGCCUCUCAUACAGGCUGCCCCAUUUGUAUGCCAAAGAAAAAGGGGGUGAGGUCUAGAGGUAACUUGCUUUCUGCUGAGAGUGGGUUGGUAAGUAAGGCGUUACCAAAGCACAAAUCACAAGCAACCGGGGCUGUUCACCUACUCCCACAGGAGAAAGAUGGACUUGAUCGUCAGAUAUCAAGGUAUGAAAUAUUAAGUAACCUUGAUAAAGACAAGAAGAGGAUCGUCCAAGUAGAUAACAUGCCACAGUUGAGACUUGCACCGCCAGCUGUCUAUCAAGAAAAGGUGAAGAAGGGAGUUGCUAUGUUGAGGGGGGAAAGUAGCGGUGUUGGUGGUGGUCUUGCUAACAAAAUGAAGACGGGCAAACAAAUUAAAGAUCUGAAAACAAAGGGACCAGCUGUUCGAUUUCCCUUGAAAUCAAACAUAUUUGGCAAGGAAAAGACCAGCAGAAGAUGACAUAAACCAUGGGCGGUGGGGGGUAUGCACAACUAACUUGUACUAUAAUUAUACGAUGAAAGCCAACACUCAGGCAAGGGAUCUUACAUGUAUGUAUCUCUUAAUUUGUAAAAGUGUGUAUUGCGGUGGUGUCUAAAAUCAUAUAUUUUGGGAGAUGGCUGGUGUCUAAAAGUAUUUUUGGAGAUGAGAGGAUUAUUUUAUCUGCAGAAAAAAAAUAUAUUAUGCACCAA